AUGUCAACUCUUGAGCCAAGGAAGAGCAGCAUUCACGAUGAGCGGGAGGCGGAUACAAUGACGAUGGGGAAGAAGAAUGGGAGCAUCAUAGAGGCUCAGGUUGACCUAGAGUUUCGAGCUUGCGAGAAAAGGAUUGUUCGGAAGUUGGACAUGACGCUCGUGCCUAUGAUCUUCAUCCUCUAUCUGUUCAAUUAUCUCGACAGAAACAACAUUGCGCAAGCGAAACUCGACACGUUUAUGGAAGACCUGGGCCUCGGAGGAAGUGAUUACAGCACGGCUGUUUCCAUUGUGAAUGUCGGAUACAUCCUCAUGCAACUUCCCAGCAACAUGAUCCUCACCAAGGUCCGACCAUCUCUAUAUAUCCCCUUUUGGGUUUGCAUCUGGUCGUGCGUUUCUGCGUCAACCGCCGGAACUCACAACUUUAGCGGCCUCAUUGGGGUACGCAUAAUCCUUGGUAUCUGUGAAGCGCCUUUCUUUCCGGGCGUUUUCUACCUGCUGUCCUGCUGGUACACGAAGAAGGAACUGGCUCUUCGCUACGCGGCGUUGUAUUCUGGCCUUGUCCUUGCAACUGCAACGUCGGGGCUAUUGGCUGCGGCUAUCUUUGCUGGCCUCGAUGGUGCUCACGGGCUGGCAGGAUGGAAGUGGCUUUUCAUUAUAGAAGGCGCUGUGAGCUUCGGUAUGGGGCUGUUGGCGUUUCUCCUGAUACCAGAUCUUCCAGGGAUGAAUUCCGGCAGUGGAAGGUGGUUGCUCACUGACGAAGAGAAUCGGGUCGCAGUUGAGCGGAUGCGACGAGACGCGGUGUCUAAUCAAGACGACAACGAGUCGCUAAGGCAUGGACUGAAGCUGGCGGUGAUGGACGUCAAAGUCUGGAUUUUUUCCUUCAUCAUGUGUUCCAGUCAAAGCGCCUACGGCUUCAACCAGUUUUAUCCAACAAUCGUGGAAGGCUUUGGUCUCGGCAGCCGAACAAUAACCCUUGCCUGCACUGCGCCUCCGUAUAUCAUCGGUGCCUGCGUCGCCUGGUGCAUUGCCUGGUCAAGCGACAGGAGAAAGGAGCGCGGCUUCCACAUAUUCUUUCCAGUUUGCGUCGCCAUCGUCGGAUUUAUCAUCAGUGUCGCAACACUCAACAUCCCGGUCCGGUAUUUUGCGUCCUUCCUCUAUAUUUCGGGUAUAUUCGGGGCCAACUCUGUAGUCUUCAGCUGGGCGGCAACGACUGUUAGUGAUACUGCGCAGAACAAGGCGUGUGCGAUGGCAAUCAUCAACAUUACCGGGCAGCUGGGCAGUGUCUGGAGUCCGUACUUCUUCCACGAAAAUGAGUCGCCGAGGUAUAUCACAGCGAUGAUCUUGUUGCUGGCGUUUGCUGUGUGCAUGGCGAGUCUCUGUUUGAUCAUGAAAGUGUUACUCAAGAGGGAGAACAGAAAGCUGGUGGCCAAAGGCGAGGAGGAGGGCGUUGUUCCCAACCUGUACACACUGUAA